AUGCCUGAUAAACUUUUUGGUAAGGACAGAGAUGGUCAUAUAAAGCGUCCUAUGAAUGCUUUUAUGGUAUGGGCAAAGAUUCAUCGCCCAACACUAGCUAAAGCUAAUCCGACCGCCAACAAUUCUGAGAUCAGUGUGCAGUUAGGGCUGGAAUGGAGUAAGCUGAAUGAGGAGCAGAAGAAACCAUAUUAUGAAGAAGCACAAAAGAUAAAGAAGAAACACAUUGAAGAAUUUCCAGGUUGGGUGUAUCAGCCAAAGAUUGGGAAGAAAAAACAUUUCCAUCAGGUCAAUUCCACUGUGUCCUCCACGUUACCCUCUCAUAGAAACAUGUCAAACUAUGAGCCUGUCUACCAAUACAGUGAUCCGUCCUAUUCUAUGAUGAUCCCAGUGGUUACAAAUGUUGGUGAAGGAGCUGCUCCAGUGCAAGAGUUACCACAGUCUUUUCAGAAUCUGACUUCUAACACAAUGAUAUCAACCAGUGUUGGAAAUUCUGCACAGAUCCCAGUCCAGUGUUAUCAAGUAAAUGUCCAACAAUUAGCCCCUGUGCAACCCCAAGAAAUGUAUCCUGCUGUAUCUGUACCUAAUUCAGGACAAACACACAUUAUUCAACAACCUCCAGUUGUUCCGGUAGGGAGCAACAUUCAUUAUAUGAGCAACCAGAGUUCAAUGCAGUCAGUAUACUACAUUCCUGACAAUGCUUUACAAAGCCAAUAUGGCAGCCAGGCCUAUAGCAGACCACACGUGCCUCCACCUCCUAGUCUGCCUCAACCACACACUUACCAGCCUAAUAACUUUGGGCACCAAGACUACUCUGGAGCUUCAGCACAUUUUUCUUUUCAUCACAACUACUAUGUGCCUACUCCACAAUACUUUCCAUCCAGUAACUGCCACUUCAAUAACCCACCUUUUAGCUAUAGAAAUCCACCUGCUUCAGUUCCAAAUUACUCAGGCUAUUAUGAGAAUCAUUUCCAGAAAUAUGAAAACGUGGUUUCUGCAGUGAGCAUGGACCACGCUUCCCAUGGGUAUAAUGAUGACGGUGCGCACAAGUUUGAAAACAUGGAAAUGGCUUCCUUCUACUACUGUGAAUCUCAGGAACCGGUCCCGCAUAUUCAGCAAAUGGACAUAGGACAAACAGGGAAUUACUCUGUUUUUGCAUCAGAACUUUCCUCACAAAUUCAACUUGUCAAUGAGGCUGACAAUGAGGAAGCGCAAGUUCCAAUUCACUUAUAGAUUCAGAACCAACAAAUAAUUGAAUUACUGUAUGUAACAUAGUAGAAAAUAGUAUUAGUUAACGUU